AUGCCGCUGCAGCAGCAAGAGUUCUCCUCCAGACCCAAUCACCCACCUGUCGGCGCGGCUGCAGUUUGGACUCCCGAGGAAGGCCAAUGGUACUCGAUCGGACCUGGAAUUUGGGAGUUGCUGUUAAACGGCAAACGGGAGUCGCACAAUAAAUCAGUGCUUCAGUGGUACGAGCCAGGAGCCACAUCAGUGACGGACGAGGUCAUCACGCACACCUACAUUGAGGAAGUUUGCUUUAUCGAAGGAGGCUUGGAGGAUGUCAGCCUUGGUCAAGCCUGGAGUAUUGGUGCUUACGCAUACAGACUGCCUGGCAUGAAGCAUGGACCAUACAAGGCAUCCCCUCAGGGCUGUCUGCAGUUUGUCAAACUGGUAGAGGCAUCAAAAUAA